AUGUCAGACCUCAAGGGUCCUGGCGAUGCCCGUCCGACUGCUCUCGACAUCAUCCGUGAUGAGAAGCGCGAGAACGCGUUUGUUGGCAAGGUCGCCGUGAUCACGGGCUGCUCCUCGGGCAUCGGUCCCCCGACUGCCGAGGCUUUGCUGGCCACGGGUGCCACUCUCUACUGCACAGCCCGCGACGUCGAGAAGGCCAAGAAGGCUCUGGCACCCCUUCUGAGCAGCGGCCGUGUGCACGUCCUGUUCAUGGACCACACGGACCUCUCCACGGUCAAGGCAGCCGCCGACGAGAUCCGCCGCCGCGUAUCGGCCAUCAGCCUCCUGAUCAACAAUGCCGGCGUCAUGAUGGUGCCCACACGCACCGAGACCAAGGAUGGCUUUGAAAUGCACAUGGCCACAAACCACCUGGCGCACUUUUACCUGUUUUGUCUGCUGCGCGACCACCUCGAAGCCGGCUCUGCACCCGACUUUGCCAGCCGCGUCGUCAAUGUCGCUAGCUCGGGCCACCGCUGGGCGAAGCCGGAUCUGGACGACCUCCAACUGGAGAAGGAGGGCGCCUACACGCCCAUGGCCGGCUACGCGGCGUCCAAGACUGCCAAUAUCUACAUGGCCAACGAGAUCGACCGCAGGUACGGCUCAGCCACAAAGGCCAUCCACGGUUAUAGCCUUAUGCCCGGCGGCAUCCGGACGCCGCUGCAGCGCCAUUCAGAGGAGUUUACAGAAGAGGCGCUCAAGAAGCCGGAGCUGCGGCUCUAUAUGCGGAGCCCCGAACAGGGUGCAGCCACGAGCGUGUUUGCCGCCGUGGCACGCGAACUCGAAGGCAAGGGCGGUGUCUACCUGGAGAAUUGCACGUUGGCCGCGGCGUUGACAGCCGACCACGAUUUUGCGGGUGAUGAUGGCAUUUUGUACGGCUAUGCACCGUGGGCUUUUGACCCGGCCAAAGAGGGCAAGCUGUGGACGAAGAGCCUCCAAGUGGUUGGUCUACCAGAGGACUUCUAA